UCAGAGCAGUUUUUUAGACAGAGGUGCGAGGCGCAGAGGGAGAAGAGAUGAAGUACAGAUGUGUAGAGUGUGGAUUUGGAAUCAAAACACUGUUUGUGCAAUACUCUCCGGGAAACAUUCGACUCAUGAAAUGCGAGAAUUGCAAAGCAGUUGCAGACGAGUAUAUAGAAUGUGAACGCAUGAUUAUUCUGAUUGAUUUAAUUCUGCACAAGCCAAAAGCAUAUAGACAUCUUCUUCAUAAUGUGCUUAAUCAAGGAACUGUGAAAUUAGAGGGCUUGUUGUGGAAGUCUACCAUCAUUUUUCUUCUUUUGGAUGCUUAUAGAAGUCUACUUCUGCAAAGAAAUGAGGAAGAGCAGAGUUCUUCCUUGAGCUUUUCUUCAUUGGUUUGGAGAUCUCAACAGAUAUUCUUGGACGUCCUUGUUGGAAACCUUAUCUUCCUUUGCGUUUUUCUUCUUGCAAUAAGGAUUUUACUCAACACUUCAGUUGGAUUUUCCAGGUGUGGAAAUCUGUUGCUCUCAAUCCUUGUUUCAAGUUACUUAAAGAUUUUUCUCGUCGCCAUGAUGGUCUGGGAAUUUCCAUCUUCUGUGAUUUUCAUCAUUGAUUUAUUUGUUUUAUCUUCCAAUGUAGUGGCAUUAAAAGGUCAGAUACCAAGUAUAUACUUUCCUUAGAAUUAUUAAUUGUUUUAUGCCCCAGAUUUUACAAUGUUGUCUUACUAGUUAUUUUUAUAUGAUGUUUCUCUUCUUCACGCUAAAAGGAUUGUAAACAUAUGUGACUGUGUGGCAACUAUUUUCUCUGAUGCAAGCCUGGAAUGCUUACUAAUCUGUUUAGUGACCCUGAUAUUGUUUCAGAAUGUGGAUACUGAAUUCCAGAAAUAGUGCAGUCAAUCCCAUUUGUAACAUUUGACAUACAUAUCUGUUGUACUUCAAAUUUAAAAAUGUUUGUCAAAUUCAUCUCAGCGUAGAGGUUUUCUCACACAAUUUAGGGGAUGAGGUGGUAUUGUCAUCAGAAUAUAGGAGAUUUAUAAAAGCAUUCUAGUAAAAUUUAAUUCCCACAUUAGUUGUU